AUGGAAACCGAAUCGGUCGAAAAUAUUAAAAAGAAAAUUGCUGAAAAAGAGGAACAAAUAAGAGAAAUUUGGGAGGAAAUAAGAACUGAAAAGGAAAGACCGCGGGAAGAAAUUGUGGAAGAAUUAAAGGGAAUUAAACGCACUACUGGCCAACAUCCGGGUGGUCUUUUAAUUACCUUGCCCAAUACCGAUAUUCAAAAUUUCUUAUCGGAAAUAUUUCUCAAAGUUGACAUUUUAGGACAUGACGAACCUACGGUCUUGCAAAAAUUGUUCCAACUGACUGGAGUUGACCCAACUAAAAUAGCUUUUCAUGAUAAAAAUAUAAUGCAACUGUUUACUAGUGCUGAUACUUUAGGAAUCCCAGAAUUUGGCACUGAUUUUGUUAAAAGGAAUUUAUUGACCCCCUUAAAACCGACUAAAUUCUCCCAAUUAGUACAAAUUUCAGGGGUAGAUAAUAAAAAUGCUUUUAUUGCUACUGAAUUUAUUCGAAAAGAUCCGACCGCCAUUACUUUCCGCUUAGACAAAUUAUUAGGUAGUUUAGACAGUUAUAAAAACAGCGAAAAGGAAUUAUUAUCAAUUAUUAAAGUUUUUGAGGAACUAAAUAAAGAAAAAAGGAGGAUGGAAAAAACCAGCCAGAGCGAAGAAUUUUUAGGAAGUGCCUUAAAAAAAAUGGAUAUCGACAAAAUUUUAGCAAGUAUUCAAGAAAAAAUAAAUAAUUCGGGAGAUAAAAAACUGCUAGAUAGUUUUCGAAAAAAUGUAGUGUUAGAAAUGGAAAUGAAAGGCUUGAAAUUUGCCCGAGGUUUAGACUUCAAUAACUCUGAAAUUAAAGAUUUUAAAAUUGAGAAUAAUACCAUUUACUUUCCCUUUACCGCAAUUGCAGGAAUUGGGGAAAAAUUGGCGGACAAAAUUAUUGCCUACCGGCAAGAGAAGGGUCAAAUUACUAGCCACUGA